GUCUGAAAGGCUGGAAAUGGUGUCAAUAGUCGGGGGGCUCUCGGGAAUCGUGCAUGUUGGACAAAAGUGAUAGGGGUUUGACGAACCAAGGAAUGAUGGGAUUGAAGAAAACAACAGCUUAGCUGAUCAUGAUGGCGACCCCAUCAUCGACGGUCGAUUGGAAGUGAAGAAAAAGUCUGCCAGCGAUCGAAAGGCACUGAGUUAUGUGGGAAGGAAAACCGUAAGGUGAGGGAAAAGGGGCCUUUCGCGAUUAUUAAUCCCUGAGCGAAAGAAAAACUAGUUUCCCUGCUUGUGCUUGUCCCCUAUCACGAAGGAACGAAGAAAGUAACACUUUUCCCUAUCGUCGUCAGUCGGCCUCAGUCGAAAGAUAGUGAUUCAUUGCAACAAAAAAGUGAAUGGGGGGAAUAAACGAAGUCCACAUCCGUGUGCUCUGAAGAUAAGCUCAAAAGCUCGAUAUCACCUGCCUCGGUAGACGAAUGGGAAGUUUCCCUUUUACCCUGCCUAACGGGUUGAUUAAGGAAUUCGCCCAAUGAAAAGCGAAAGAAAAGUACGAUUCCCGAUAGUUAAUGGUUAAAUUUCGACCGUAAACGGUUACAUCACUGUGAGCGUGUGGACUCAGUCAGAGCAGCAACAAAGGGAUCACUGCUGCUCUGCUGCCUGUCUGUGCUAGAGGCAGAAUAAGUGUUACGAUACGGUGUCGUAUGUGUGCAAUCCACAGUGCAUCGACUCGAAAGAAACACGGCGAGAAGAGAGAAAAAGCACCGACAAAAAAGAAAAUAAAGUUCGAAUGAUUCAGUGAGUUGUGAGCCAACUAGCAGCUGGAAGAGAGUGGGUGAGAAAAACAACCCAAAACCCAUACGCAAAAGUCAGGCACGUUGCUUGGAAAUUUUAUCACCUCGCAGCGCAGCGAGUCGGGCACAAACACCAAGGAAGAAUUCUGGUGGUAUCUCACCAGUUUUUUUUUGUCGUCGAUAUCUGGAAGUUUGGGUUGCUGCUUGUGGUUGGUGGCCGUGUCCGUAACUGUAAAACAUCCGAUUCGCGGCGCCCCGUAGAAGUGUGCUGCUCUGUUAUGGAUCAUAACAAAUCUCUCCUCCUGCCAUCAUCAGCAUUAUCGUCGUCGAUCCGGCUGUGAUAGACCUACACAGGUCCAAUAGCAGACUGACUCGGAAAGUUUCUAGGAAAGAAACUGCGCAGAAAAUGAAGAUAGAGCUGAAACUGACCAAAGCCUGAGUGAAUGUCACUUUGCCAGAAAGGGCACCAUCCUAAUGCUAGGUUCGAACGAGCGUCUUCGCUCCACCAACAGCGAAGACCUGCAACAGAAACUGUCCCAAGAACAGCACCUUGCUCAUCAAGGACCACCAAGUACAGGAACGAUCGCUGCCUCGCCACAACACCAGUCUACAGCUCCUAAUAGCAGUAGUAGCAAUGUAUCACCGGCACCAGUCAAAUACCCGCCUCGAUCCCGCUCGGACAGCGCGGAGCAAGGCCGGGAAGAAACCAACGCCUCGUCCACCGGGUCCAGCAGCGGCGCCUCGACGGCUUCGUCUUCGUCGUCCUCUUCAUCGGCUGGCAACGACAUUCAGCAGCAUUUACAGUCCAUGUUUAACCUCCUGCGGCCCGAGGAAACCCUCAAGAUGGCCGUCAAACUCGAAUCCUUACGCGCAGGUCGCACCCGAUAUUUGGUGGUCGUUUCGCGGCCGCCCCAAAACAACAGCAGCCGCAGCUCAAGCCGCCAGCAACCCCAGCAGGGCCCCCAGGUGACCGGCACGUCGUCCUCAUCCCUAUCGUCAUCAAACUCAUCGACGAAUUUUCCUCCAUUGGCGGCGCCAUCAUCAUCGGCGGUUCCUCCGCUAUCGAGCAUCGUUCCGCUGAGCAAACAGAUCACCUCCGCCGCUCUCUACAAGGCCGCCUCGCCAUGUGCCACUUCCGGUGCCGGGGUCAUCGCCGGUGAAGAAACCACGUUCGUGUCCAGCCUGGACAACUGUGUUCUUAGUGCUUCAUCCUUGGUCUCGACGACGACGAGUGUGACGGCGUCCUCCGGCAAAAGUUCUACUAACAAAAGUGUCGAUAAAUGUGAUAGUGAUAAACCUUCUAGUAGUGGUAACAAUAACAAUAAUAAUAAUAGUAAUUGUAACGUUAAUAGUUAUAGCAGCGUAGUAGCUAGUGGUAGCGUUAAAGUGUGUAGUGCCGGUCCCAGUGGGUACAUCAAUGUGACCAGUAUAGGCGGCAUAGGCGCCGGCGCCGGUAGUUUGGCGCCGGGGGCCAGCAGCACCCGACUACUGGGGGGAAAUGCUUCGUCGGCUGUCGGUUGUGGCGGCGGCGGCGGCGGCAGUGGGUUCAGUUCCCGGUCCCAGAGCAGCGCCGCCGGGGGUUGCUGUGGCGCCGAGAUGGAGGAAUCCUGUCUGCUCGGGAUCGACUGCAACGAGAAAACGACGGUCGGGCUGGUACUGCGGGUGCUGGCCGAUACCGCCAUCCGGUUGGAUGGGGAUGGCGGAUUCAGUGUGAGCACAUUUGGUCAGCAGCACAUCUUCAAACCCGUCUCCGUCCAAGCGAUGUGGUCUGCCUUGCAAACCCUGCACAAAGUGUCGUCCAAGGCGCGGGAGCACAACUUCUUCGCCGGCGGAACGUCGCACGAGUGGGUCUCCUACUACGAGCGACACAUCGACUCGGACCGGUCCUGCCUGAACGAGUGGCAUGCGAUGGACGCCCUGGAAAGCCGCCGACCCCCGUCGCCCGAUUCCAUCCGGAACAAGCCAACGGAGCGGGAGGAAACGGAACGGGUGAUUCGCACAAAGCUGAAGGAGAUCAUGAUGACGGUGGAUCUGGAUGUGGUCACGUCCAAGUUCAUCCGGGGCCGGCUGGAGGAGCAGCUGGACAUGGACCUCGGCGAGUACAAAUCGUUUAUCGACGAAGAAAUGCUGGUCAUACUGGGGCAGAUGGAUGCCCCGACGGAGAUCUUCGAUCACGUGUAUCUGGGCUCCGAGUGGAACGCCAGCAACCUGGAGGAGCUGCAGAAGAAUGGCGUUCGUCACAUUUUGAAUGUGACUCGAGAGAUCGAUAAUUUUUUCCCGGGAAUGUUCGAUUAUUUCAACGUGCGGGUUUACGACGACGAUAAGACGGAUCUGCUGAAGCAUUGGGAUAACACGUACAAAUACAUUUCCCGGGUGCGAAUGGAAGGCUCGAAGGUGCUGGUGCACUGCAAAAUGGGAAUCUCUCGUUCGGCGUCCGUGGUCAUUGCGUACGCAAUGAAGGCCAACAGCUGGGACUUUGCUCAGGCGCUGCAACACGUGAAGGAGAAACGGACUUGUAUCAAGCCGAAUAAGAAUUUUAUCAUGCAGUUGGAGACGUAUCAGGGAAUACUGGAUGCGAUGAAGAAUCGAGAGAAGCUGCAGAGAAGUAAGAGUGAGACCAAUCUCAAAAGCGGAGUCAAGGAUGCUAGGUUGCUGCCUGGAAGUGAACCGACGCCUUUGAUUCAGGCACUGAACAGGGGGAGUAAUACGAACACUUUGAACAAGAGUGGUCGAUUUUUGCGCAAGCUCGGGAAGCGGCCGAAGAGUUGGUCUCCCGAUACGGAGAAGGUGGCGCUGUUGCUGUCGGGGACCAGUCGGCAGCAGUCUCAUUCGUUGGAGCAUCUCAUGGCGCCACAGAACGAGCCCACGACCAUACGAAUGCCCUGCGGGAAUGGGCAGAACUAUAGUGUGUCACAGAAUCAAAUUGUUCACCUGCAGGAGGGCGUCCAGAACGAAAAACAAGUGCCAUCGUCGGUUCGGUUGAUAGUGAAUGAGUUGGAGUCCAACAGAACAGCCAAAGAGAGUAGCAUCGGCAGCAACAACGGUAAUCACAAGCGGAAAGGUUCGACUUCUUCGAUAAGUUCCCUGGGCAUGGGGUUGAGUUUAGCACCAUCCUCAUCAUCGUCUGAGGUACAAACGGCGGACGAGGACACCCGAGACCACCAAUGGGACCCGGGAGAAAAGGAUACUUCAACACAACAGGUUACAACGACUGCCACAACAACUCAACAAUGUGAUAUUAGUACAGCUCAGCCCGUAGUUUGCUGGACCAGUCAAAGUCAGAUUAUUCAGCAAGCGCCAGCGCAUGUUGUACCACCGCCAGUAGCAAAUCUGGUAUCGCGUCAAAGUUCCUGGUCCAGUGUAGAUUCAGCCGUGGUAGCCGACAUGAUGCGCAGUAACUUUUCUGCUUCAGCGUCGCGAAACUCUAGCUGGGGUUCCGGAGAUAAUCAGCAAGGACAAAGAAUGGCGCCGGCGCCUCCAUCUCGGAACAGCAGCUGGGGCUCGUACGACACUGGCAGCAGUAACGCAAGCAGCAUUCAAACUGUAGUUGAGGUGCCUACCGGUUGCGAAUCGAGAGGAAGUUUGUGUGAGGAUCCAAGUCAAACGGGAGUGUUUCCGGACGAUAUUCCGUGGCAUCCGGGAACGGUAAAGCGGACGAAACAAAAAAUUGAAGAACGUUCCGGUUCUUCUAUCAAACGCAUUUGCAGUGAAAAGUUUAGUCACAAGCACUCGAAGAUGGUCGAUGAUCGGGGGAAAGCUACGGGUCCUAGUUGUUGCCAGCAAAGGUCAAACAGCGAAGAAGCGUUGCCUUCGAAUCGAAUCGGUGGAAUGGCGUCAACGACCUAUACAAGAUUGUCUGCCUCGGCACCGGAUUCGUACUGUUUGUGCCCUUUUGGGACUGCCAAAAAAUCCGACGAAGGACAAACACCAGCCAACUUCUCCGGGAACAAAGGACAUCAUCGUAGGUUCAGUUUUCGGAAAAGUAUACCGGACGAAAAGAAGCCGGAUGCCAAUGACGAGAACACGGCUCUCAGUGUCAGUGGAUUGGUGAAGAACCUCAAAAUGAGCUUCGAAGCCAAGGUGUCCAGUGAUCGUUCCCGCAAGGAUCAGAAGAAAGUCCGUUCGUUGCCAUCUUCUCCAGUUGCCAUACACGUCGAGAUGAACAAACAGCCCCAGCAGCAAGGGCAGAACCAAACUGCGGGCAAACAGGAGCAGCAACCGUCGCCGGAGGACAUCACGGUCAAAGACCUGGUGGACCGGUACGAAGCACCCCGAUUUCGAUCCUCGUUCAACACCCACCACAGGCACAACAGCAGCAGUUCUGCGGCAACAACCGCCGGUAGCGAACAGAUCGUUCUCCGACCGCGGCCACGUUCCGUUUUCGAGCCGAUCAAGUAUGCCCAGCAGCAAAACCACCCUACGAAACCGUUCAUGAUUUCACACUCCAGCACGUUCCUCAAAUCCGGUGGGGAAGAUUUCAGUCGACCCCCGGCCAUCCCCACCGGAGGGCCAAUCGUGCGGGGCAUUAUUAUCGGGAGCAGCAAUAACAACAGCGGCUCCUGCCAUCAACCGGGCAACCCGGGAUCGAACCAGUCGACGACCAAAAAAGUGGUCCAACACCACGGCAAAACCCACCCUCUGGCCAAAAUCAACCUGACCAAGCAUCGAAUCAACGCGACUUCCACCACGGCGGCAGCACAGGCGUACAAUACGAUGUAGAGAACUUUUUCUUCUUUUUUUUUUUAAACUGCAAAUCUACAUCCCCGAUUAUCCUAUACAGUGGAACAACAGGUUCUCCUCAACUCAACCCGUUUUUCCCGAUACACAUUAGUAGGUAUAUUAGAGGUACUCUCUCUGGUGGCAGUUCUAGCUAGCAGAGCACACAUGACAAGGGAUAAUGGUGUAAGGCCGGGCGCCGUAAAGUGAGAAUCAAUCGAGACCAACAACAGCAAUCGUAUCCUUGUGUUCCAGUAUUACUCCCCAACAACAACAAAACUUGUUUUUAAAAGUAAUCAAUAGUUAUAUUUAAUACAGAUAAUUUUGUAACGUUCGAUCUGGAUGUCCUACAUGCUUUCCGUUAGAAGAUUGCGAAAAGUCGCGCUUUGAGAGCUUCAAUGUUUAUUUCAGUUUUAUGCAAUUUUUUAAAGAAAUUUUUAGGCCGCCCUUUUUUGCUUUCGUUUCAAUUUGUCGAAAAAUGUAUGCGAACCAGCUGGUACGCACUGACUAGACUAGUGUAUCGGAAAUCCUUCCUGUUUUCUGUGUUUUUCGUAUCCCGGUACUACACUUGUGGCUUCCUGUUUGAGAUUGUAUUUGUGGUUUGAGAUUGUACGACAAUUACAACGUUUUUUCAUGGUUAAAUUCUGCAUCAGUUCCUAAGGUCAUUUGAAAAAAAAGUAAACGUUUCUUCCGAUUUACCACUGACAAUCUCGGAAAAAUUCUGUUAACUAAAUGAAACACGCUUUUUUGAAUAUAGUGCUCAAGCAUCGAUUUUCAUAGCAUUUAUUACUAACAUCAAAUUUAAGGUUUUCAAACUCUUAUUGAUGUUUGCGAAUUCAAGAACUUCAGCAUGCGCCAACAUCAAACAAUUUUGUGUUUGCCAUCAAUUAUACAUAAUGUAGUUGUAUAUCGUUCAUCACUCUCUGAACGGUGGCUGGUACAUUUUUCAGUCCGAAAGGCAUCCUUAAAAAUUCGUAUUCUACCAAGAGAAAAGCGUACAAUCUCACUAAUUAACAUUUCCAGUCCACAUUUACCCCGGCCCACAAUUCACUCAAGUGCUCGAAAAACGGUCAUAAGGCUUUACUUGUGAAAAAGAAAACUAUGAAAUUAAAUGAACUCACAAGAAAACAUACAAAAGUAAAACAAACAAACCCUACCUAUUUAUACAUUCUCAUUGUGAAAAUUUUCGCAACAAGUAUAUUUUUGUUCAGCUUUCCAAUCAAGCUAAGCUAAGCUAAGUGAUUUUUGGUUUAGCUUUCAAACGCCCGUGAAAAAAACUGCCUUUCGCUGUGCUUUAUCCGUAAAAAGAAGGGACACCUCGCCCCUUUCUGAAAAAAAAGAACAAACUAGCGCGCGAGCAAUGCUUUCUGAACCUAAAGAAGGAAAAAAUCAACCCCCGUUUUAAGAAGAAAAGAACCCAGCUUGGUGAUGCCAGAGGCUUUUGAUUUCAGCUGCACCCGGGAGUCCCACAGGCUCUCCGGGACGCCGCAAAACCUUUCCUCGAAGCUUUUUCUACCCAUUAAAUAGUGAACUCUUAUAUAAUUACCUACCUACUCGUUUAAGAAAAAAAAAACGUAAGGCAAGAAACAAAAAAACAUGAAUCAUUAAAAAAAACUUUUGUGUGCGUGUGUGUAUUUAGCGCUAUCUUUUAAUGGGUAGUUCUGUGUAAAUAGAAGGUACCGAUUAAGCUGCGAAACGGUACCCAACAACAAUACGUGCAGUAGCCGACGCCGCCGCCCGCCCUCCUUCGCUCGCAAUCUGCUGGAGAAAGGAUUCAAAGGGUUUAGGGGCCGGCUGGCCGGUCAUCAGGAAGCACACAAAACACAACUUAUAUGCAAAUAAUAAUAAUAAAUUAUAAUUGUUCGAAUAUUUUAUGUGGUUUUUAUAAGCUUUUAAAAGAAUAAACAACAAAACAAAACAAACACACAACUAUGUAAUAGAGAAAGGAUGUAAAGAUGAAAAAUGAUUAAAAAAAUGAAGGAAGCUAUGCGAACAAUUUUGUGAAUGCGACAUACGCAAAUAAGUCGGUACAGUAGAGCGCAUCUUCUUAAGGAACAGAAUAAGAACACUGUAUGUAUUUAAAAGUAUGGAACGAAAAAAAGGAGAUGAACAAAAACAAACACAAAUACAAUAUAUGA